UCUAUAAAGCGAGGGACUCAGUUGACCCGGAAGUAGAAAAGCCAGAGCAGAAUGCAGAGGAAGUGGGUUCGUUGUGGGAGUAAGUAAACAUGCCUCCAGCUGUAGACCUCGGAGGAAUCAUCACUGAGAAGCUGAGCGCCGCCACCAGGGAGGUCCUGGCGGCGGUGGAGAGGACCGUGGCCGGCUACGAGGAGGAGGCUGCGGGCUUCAGGCGGGAGAUCGAGCGGCAGAGGAGGCAGCUGGAGGUGCUGCAGGUCAAAGAGCCCAGAGGAGUCACAGCAGAGAUGUUAAUCAGAUGUUGUUUGGAUGUGACUGAACUAGAGCUGCUCCCAGAUCUGCAGAGCCACGAGGAGGUGGUGGUUGGUGAGGAGCAAGAGGAGCAGCAGCUCACACAGAGCACAGGUGUGGAGGCAGCUGAGAGUCCCGGUCUACCCUGGAACCUCUCUAAUAAAGGGGCGGAGCCAACAAUCACCUCCAAACUAAACCAAGAAGACCCGAAGGAUCCACAUCAUGAAGUUUCACCGGGCAAGAGACUCGACGUGUCUAAAAGCAGCAGUUUGAGAGGAAUCAUCACCGAGAAGCUGAGCGCCGCCACCACGGAGGUCCUGGAGGUGGUGGAGAGGACCGUAGCCGACUACGAGGAGGAGGCUUCAGGCUUCAGGCGGGAGAUCGAGCAGCAGAGGAGGCAGCUGGAGGUGCUGCAGCCUCGGGUCCAGGACCAUAAAACGGAGCUGCUCCCAGAUCUGCAGAGCCACGAGGAGGUGGUGGUUGGUGAGGAGCAAGAGGAGCAGCAGCUCACACAGAGCACAGGGGUGGAUGGAAUUGACGCGCACUGUCUGCCGCUGACCGACGACGAAGGCGCCGCUGACGAUGAUGAGGAGCCGACUAAAGAGUCCAGACUGAAACAGGAAGACCCGACGGACCCAGACUAUGAAAUACCUCCAAGGUCGCUUCCCUCUAGAGCUCGGUCUGGUGGGAGAAGGUCCGGCAGAACCCGGACCGGCGAGCCGCCGAACCACCUGACCCUCAGGAUCCGAAUCCUGGAGGACUCUGAGACCAGGGUGCUCUCCAGGGCGGUGUUUCAGAAAAGCUCUGUCUCAGACCUGGAGUGUCCUCGCGGCCUGCAGGAGCUGGACUUCAUGGACCUGCUGAGGUCCACCUUCCCGCAGCUGGCUGCCGGUCAGCCGUUCGACAUCUUCGUCGCCUCUAAGAACCGGCAGCUGCUGCCGCUGGCGGUGAAGACGCUGACCCCGGAGGAGAUCUGCUCCGGCCACAGGUCCGGCGGGAACCCGACGCUCUACAUCCGCCUGAAGAAAACAGACGACCCUCCUCCAGCCGACCCUGUGGUCACGAAGCGCAAUCAGACCGGGCGUCAUGCAAGCCCUGACCAAAGCAUGGAGGAACCAGAGACGGGCGAAAAUGCCGCAGACCCAGGCGACGAUGCCGAAGACGGCAACUGGAACCCCGAUCCUGAACCCCGGGCCGCCAAAAGAACGAGGAAAAGGAGAGAGAAAGGCGCCGCGAGAAGGACCGUGGAAAGUAAAAUGUCCUGCAAAGUGUGUGGAGCCUGGUACAGACAGCUUGGGAGUCUGAUCAGCCACGUCUGGAAUCACGUCGGCGAUGCCCAGGCUGUCUGCGGCGCCUGCGGACAGAAGUUCGAGUCCGUGGACGAGUUAAAGGAGCAUCUUCGAAACCACCAGAAGGUGCACGGCUGUCAGCACUGCGGGAAGACGUUCGUCUCCGCCCAGAGUCUCAGCCUCCACGUGGCCAAGCACACGGGCGAGAGUCAGUUCAAAUGCAGGGUCUGCAGUAAGAGCUUCACCAACAUGGCCUCCCUGAAUUAUCACAGCUGGCUCCACGUGGAGGACAAGCCACACAAGUGUGACGUGUGCCUCAAAUCCUUCGGCCUGGAGUCCCAUCUGCUGUCCCACAAGAAGCUGCACACCAACGAGGAGAAGCACGUCUGCGACGUCUGCAACCGGUCCUUCCGCCUCCGCCGGGCCAUGACCCAGCACCGGCUCACCCACUCCGAAGACAAGCAGUACGCCUGUGAGGUUUGCGGCAAGCGCUUCAAGCUGGAGGGCUCGCUGAAGGUGCACAGCAAGACCCACGCGGAGAGGGACCGCACGUUCCUCUGCCACAUCUGCUGCCGGACCUUCCUGUGGAAAGGAACGCUCAUGGUCCACCUCAAGACGCACAGCAACGUGAAGCCGUUCGUCUGCGCCGUCUGCAGCAAGGGCUUCUGGGUCAAGUGCGACCUGAAGAAACACAUGAGGAUUCACUCCGACGACGCGCCCUACGAGUGCUCGGAGUGUGGCCGCCGCUUCAAGCAGAAGGCCAACCUGGACAGCCACGUCAGGCUGCACUUGGGCAUCAAGCAGUUCGUCUGCGAAGUCUGCGGCAAGGAGUGCUCCCGGCGGGAACACCUGAAGGUCCACAUGAGGACCCACAACGGAGACAAGCCCUACAAGUGCGCCGUCUGUGACAGAGCCUUCACCCAGAGCCACUGUCUGAAAACGCACAUGAAGAGUCACCAGAUGGAGGAAAUCUCUGUCCUGGAGCCUCCUCAGACUCAAACAGAGGAAAACCCUGUCCUGGAUCCGUCAGAGUCCCACCAGAUGGAGGAGAGCCCCGCCCCGGAUCCGCCUCAGACUCAGAAUAUGGAGGAGAGCCCAGUCCUGGAGCCGCACCAGUCUCACCAAACACAGGAGAACUCUGUCCUGGAACCAUCCGAAACCUGAACGACAGUUUUCUCAGACAAGAUGAACAGGAACUUACUUUGCUAUCAUUUUUAUCUGAAACUGACAAGCUUGCUUCGAUAAAAUUCACAUAAAAACACUUUUUACAUGUGAUGCUUAACAUGUAAUGUCAGUUUAGAAAGAGGAAAUAAAACCGUUAAACAUUA